AAGUGCUGACUUCCUUACAUCACAUGUAAUCGCGCAGCACCUGUAGUGGACGUGUUGAACUACCCAGAACUAAAGAACAGUAUUGUACACCGGAGAGUUGGAUUUGAGUCGGGCUCGCGCUCCGGAUAUGGCCCGGUUAUGGCGUUCGGCGCCGCUUCUCUGGCUGUUUUGUUUCGUUUUGUGUGUGUUUGAAGCUGGAGCCAAAACAGACCAUUCCAUAUCUCUCCAAAGGAACAAGAGAGAAUGGAUCGUCCCUCCACAGAUUUUGGAGGAAAAUGUAGACUACACUAAACAGGCCUUUAUUGCUCGGAUUCGUUCAGAUAAGGAAGAUCCAAGUAAGGGUCCAAUAAAAUAUGCCUUAAAGGGCGUUGGAGCAGACCAGGAACCCUAUAACUUGUUCGUUGUGGAUGCUAACACUGGCAAUGUUCGAAUAACUGGGAUUCUAGACCGAGAGGUCAUUGCCCAGUACAAUCUUUCUGGAGUUGCCACGUACCCUGAUGGCACAGUGGCAGAGAAUGAUAUUCAGCUGAGGGUAAAGGUGAAAGAUCAGAAUGACAAUUCGCCAGUCUUCUUGCCCAUCACUGCAGGAUCUGUGAAAGAGCUCAGCCCUGUAGGUACAACUGUAAUGAAAAUAACAGCGACGGAUGCUGAUGAACCCGGGAAUAUCAACUCUUUGAUCCGCUAUGAGAUAGUCGAUCAGAAGCCUGCAGGAGAGAUGAUGUUUAGCAUCAAUCAGAAUGGAGAAGUGAUCGUUAACAGUCCUAACUUGGACCGAGAGAGCAUUGACCAGUAUCAACUGACUGUAAAAGCCUCAGACCUCAAUGGAGGUCCAGGUUGCAACUCAAAGAUCACAACAUUCAAUAUCAACAUUGAGGAUGUCAACGACAACCCCCCAGUACUGGAGAAGGACUCUUUUGAAGCCAGUAUUGAGGAGAACACCGAUAACCUGGAGGUGAUGAGAUUUAAAACCACUGAUCUGGACUUGCAAAACACUGAAAACUGGCAGGCGGAAUACAGUAUUGUGUCAGGCAACGGGGGUGGGCAUUUCAAGAUUGUCACUGAUCCAAAGACCAAUGAGGGAGUUCUGAUGCUUGUCAAGGCUGUAGAUUACGAGGAAGUAAAAGACAUGAAUCUGGGCAUCACUGUGAACAACGUGGCUCCAGCCUAUGCUGGAUCUGGGUCUGUUUCGACAAUAGUAGUAGGAGGAGGAGGAGGAGGAGGAGGAGGAGGUGGAGGAGGAGGAGGUGGAGGAGGAGGUGGAGGAGCAUGGGCAGGAGGAGUAGGUGGACCUACAGGAAUGGCAGGCGGUGGAGGUUCAAAUAAAAUCUACAAUAUGCAUGUUAAUGUAAAGAACCAGCCUGAAGGCCCGCGCUUCAUUCCCAAAGUGAAGGCAAUUCCAAUUUCUGAAAAUGGCAAGAUGGUUGAUAUAUCAAAAGUCAUCACAACGUAUGUUGCUACCGAUUCAGACACAGGAUUGGCUGCUAAAGGAGUCAAAUAUGUGAAAGGCUCCGACCGAGACAACUGGCUAUCCAUUGACGAGAAUACCGGUAAAAUCAAAUUGAACAAAAUCCCAGAUCGAGAGUCUCCAUAUCUGGUCAACGGGACUUACAUGGCAGAAAUCCUCUGUAUCAGUCAAGACAUGCCUUCUAAGACGGCCACGGGCACUGUCGCCAUCCAGGUGGAGGACUUUAAUGACCACUGCCCUAAUCUGAUAAAUAAAACACAGACUAUGUGCACCACUCAGGAAGUUUUGUAUGUCACUGCAGAGGACAGUGAUUCUUUUCCCAAUGGAGCACCCUUCAAAUUCAUCGUCCUCCCUGAAGGGACAGAUGGAAAAUGGUCCGUGGAGCAUUACAGCGAAACAGCAGCCAUUUUGAAGCCCGAAGGCUCAUUGUGGCCAGGUCCUCUUCAAGUGACUCUGGAAAUUCAAGACCAGCAGGGAGUCUCGUGUCCAGACAAGCAAGUGCUUAAGGUGGAUGUAUGCACAUGUGAUAAAUCAGCAACAUGUACCUCUGCUAAGAAGGGCUCGAAACUUGGCAGUGCCGGACUUGGUUUGCUUUUCCUGGGACUCCUCUUGCUAUUACUUAUUCCACUCCUACUGCUGCUCUGUCAGUGCGGCGCAGCCGGCAUGAGCGGAGCCUUCGCCGACAUACCUUUUGACACGAAAGAGCAUCUGAUUUCCUACCAUACAGAAGGACAGGGAGAAGACCGGGAUGUGCCCUUAAUCCUGACUGAAACUGAUGGUGCUGGAAAAAUGAGCAUGAAUGGUGGCGGUGGGACCAUGAAGGGAGGUUUUGGAACAGGAGGUUUUGGAUCUGGUGGCUACAGGAUGAACGGCGGAGGUCACUUCUAUAAUCAUAUGGAGAUGUCUUCUAUGGAUCAAGCGAUGAGCAGACAGUUUGGGAUGAGGGAUGGGUUUUCCACAAUGGACAGUGGAAUGGCUAUUGGCGAAGACUUCUUGGAUAAUUACUACUCAAAUAAAAGUCAUCAUCUUUAUCACGAAAGCGAAGACAAUUUGGUGCCAUUUGGGUUUGAGGGCAAGGGCUCACCUGCUGGUUCUGUAGGGUGCUGCAGCAUCUUGGGAGAGGAUGAAGAUUUGGGGUUCCUUAAUAACUUGGGGCCAAAGUUCACUACUCUAGCUGAGAUAUGUGGAGGUACAAAGUUCACAGAGGUUGCUCCCAGACUUCCACCUCCUCCAAAACCCAUCGUGGAUCACUCUGAAUCAAUUUCCAUGCACACCAACACUGUCAACCCAGUCAAUGUUGCAACAAACUCGCACAUGGAGGAAAAUGUGCUAAUCAGAAACACCCAAGUAGUGUCUGAUGUGCAGCCGGUCCAAACCCUGAUGGUGCAGCAGCAGCCAAUGUACUACAUGGUGGAGCCGCAGGUCUCUAACACUAUGCUAUUGGCCGAGAGACCCGCCAUGGGACUGACCCAGGGGAUGUAUGUGCUGAACAGCGCUCCAGUGACCGAAAGAGUCCUGGUCCAGGGUGCUAUGCCAGCGCAAGCCACAAUUGCUGGAGGCGACAGAAUGGUGUUGUUGGAAACGCAUGGAGGAUCCACCACCGCACAGACCACAGGCCUGCUCCAGUCAGCUCAUCUGUCUGGAUCGCAGCUGUUGCUGGUUGAUACAGGUGCACAAGGCGGUCAGGUCCUCCAAGGCACACUGCAGAGAGGGGGCAUCGCUGGCUCUCAGGGCUUAAUGUUGGUGGAUGGUCAAGGAACGCUGCAGAGAGGGGGCAUCUCUGGCUCUCAGGGCUUAAUGUUGGUGGAUGGUCAAGGAACGCUGCAGAGAGGGGGCAUCUCUGGCUCUCAGGGCUUAAUGUUGGUGGAAGGUCAAGGAACGCUGCAGAGAGGGGGCAUCUCUGGCUCUCAGGGCAUACUGGUGAUGGAAGGGCAAGGAGCGCCCACAGUUCACGGAUCCCUCCAAAAAAGUGUUCCUGUAGCCGGAGUUUCUCAGAGUAUGGUGCAUGUUGUGGAGAGGCAGGGAGGGACUUCAGGAAUCACCCAAGGAUCUCUGCAGGGAGGGGUAAAAUCCACUGCCAUGUCCCAGAGUGGGACUAUAGGAUUAAACACAAGCACUAUACAUGGACUUCCCAGCUCAAGGAAGGUUGUCGUCCAAGAGAAGAAGGUUGUGAAAACCAACCUGUAACGAUGGAUACGCUUUCCUAACACUGAACACAACACCAGGAGCCUGAGGUAAUGUCCUCAAUGCUUUAAUUUGGAAAAAACACAAGCAUUUUCAUACUCAGAGGCUCUUAAAUUCAUUAAUGCAUACACUGUAUACCAAUUUACCUGAGUACUGGGUCAUUGUUGUGUUUUCUUUUCUUAAAUUUAAAGCUCUUUUUUUUGGGUUACUGUGUUUUUGUGUGGUAUUACUAAGCUUCUCUAUGCUAUUAAAUUUUAUAUCAGAGGUAACACUACUUAAAGGUUACACACUAUGCAAAGUCAGUGUUUCAAUCUAUAUAUACAUAUAAGAAAAAGAAAAAAUAGUUUUAUCAUUUUGUAUUGUCAGAGCAUAUUUCAGGAAAAAAAAAACUUGCACAUUUAUAGGAAAGAAAAUAGACAAAAAAAAAAAAACAUGCUGGGAGGAGUUCAUCUUGCUUGAAGGUUUCUUUUACUGAUAUCCAAGCCCUUUAAAGAAAAACCCUUAAAAUAAGAAAGAGAAAAAGCAAAA